AACUGUAAGGACUAAGGAGGAGACGCAAAAAAUAUAUAUCAAAACAUCAACUGCUUCUUCCUCUGAUUCCUAGAGAGAAAGACAAGAUCUUGGAGGAGAUUGGAAUUGUUCUUCUUUUUUACUCUCAAUUUUCCUGAGAAAGAACAUUGCUUUCUUCCCAGGAGAAAGAAAAUUAUUUUUUUCUUAAAAAUCCAAUCUUUUUCUCAUAAUUCUCUUGGUGUUUUGACUGUUUUCUGCUCUCCCUCGUUAUAUGUCUCAUACAUUUUCUGGGGAGUAUUUGAAGUCAUCUCCGCAGAUCUAUUGGUAGGACUCAGUGAACUUUUUGUUUUUGUAUUUUGGUGUUUUUCCUGUGAAAAUCUGUUGUAUAAAUUCACGGCCUUUAUGGUUUUCUGGUUGAAGGGUAUAUAGAAUACAGAAAUAUUCUUGAGAGACAGAAGAGGGGUAUGGAUAAGUUACAGUGGGGGAGUAGGAAAAGACUGAGAUGUAUGAAGGUGAAGGAAUCGGUUUCAAAUGGGAAAUCUGAUGGGGGUGUGGUGAAGAGGAAAAUCACAUCUAGAGUUGUUGAUAAUAGCAAAGAGGCUAAUGUUGCUGCUGCUGCUUCAUCUCCUUGUCGUAUCAACAGGGAUCUGGGGACGAAUAGAUCUAAUGGAAACAACGAGAAUAAAAAGACAACAGCAUUGUCGCCCGAGAAAGAAGAUAGAUAUUACACAACGAGAGGAUCAGUAGGAUUGGAUGAGCAUAGCAAGUUAUUUAUGGACUCGAGGGAGGAGAAGAAGAAGGUGGUUUGGCCAAAACUGCUUGUCACGUUAUCCAGUAAAGAAAAAGAAGAAGAUUUCAUGGCCAUGAAAGGUUGUAAACUUCCUCAGAGGCCUAAGAAGAGGGCAAAGUUGAUUCAAAGAACCAUUCUUUUGGUGACUCCAGGUACAUGGUUGUCGGAUCUGUGCCAGGAGAGGUAUGAAGUGAGGGAGAAGAAGACUUCCAAGAAGAAGCCAAGAGGGUUAAAGGCAAUGGGAAGCAUGGAAAGUGACUCGGAAUGAGAUUUGGGAGAGGAAAAGAUAAGAGGCUGGAGAUGGAGAUUGAUUUGAUAUUUUCCCUUUUGGUAACCAACAUGUAGUAGUAAUAGAAGAUAGUGUUGAGGGAGUAGAAAUUUGGGCUGUGCUGUUCUAAUCUCAUCCCAUUUUGAUGUUAAUACCGUUUCCAAAUUGUGUUUAUUUGUGCAUUUGCUUCCCUUGAUUUCAUGCUA